AUGGAAGAUUUACUUAUACAACCUACAUUAGAUUACUAUGAGCGGUAUAUUCAUAGAGGACCGUACCAGACAGGGGGAGGAUUAGGAUGGCAGAAUCUUCGAGACCGUAUUCAAAAUGACAACGCUGCAUGUCUCCAACUAUUGAGAAUGUCAUUUGCUGCCUUUACAGAGUUAUGCAAUAUUCUCAGUCAGAAUUAUGGUUUACAACCUACACAAAAUGUUAGCGUUGAAGAGAGUGUAGCUAUGUUUCUUCGAGUGUGUGGGCACAAUGAAGUUCAGCGUGAUAUUGGCCUAAGAUUCGGACGUAAUCAAGAGACUGUGAAGAGAAAAUUUGGUGAAGUGUUGAGAGCUACUGAGUUGCUUGCCUUUGAUUACAUAAAGACGCCUACAAUGCAAGAACUACGUCGGAUUCCACAACAUCUUCAAGCGGAUCGACGAUAUUGGCCCUUUUUUAGUGGAUUUGUUGGGGCAAUGGAUGGAACUCAUGUAUGUGUUAAAGUCAAGCAUGAACUGCAAGCCAUGUAUUGGAGUCGACAUGAUAGAACAAGCUUCAACGUAAUGGCAAUAUGUGAUAUGAAUAUUCUAUUCACAUAUGUUUGGAACGGAGCACCCGGUUCAUGUCACGACACAAGAGUACUCUCACUCGCUCAAGAUGGUGAUCCUGAAUUUCCAUUGCCUCCUGGAGAUAAAUAUUAUGUGGUGGAUUCAGGAUAUCCAAAUAAGCAAGGUUUCUUAGCUCCCUACAGAUCAUCACGAAAUCGGGUUGUGAGAUACCACUUGUCACAGUUUAACAAUGGUCCUCCGCCAAUGAACAAAGAAGAGUUAUAUAACAGAUCUCAUGCAUCUUUACGUUCUAUUAUAGAACGAACUUUUGGAGUAUGGAAGAAGAAGUGGAGGAUUCUUAGGGAUGAUCCUAGAUAUGGUUUGGAAGUGCAAAAGAGAGUAAUUAUCGCCACGAUGGGACUCCACAACUUUAUUAGAGUUUCGAAUUUUUCGGAUACAGAUUUCUUUGAAGAUUUUUCAGAAGUGCAUACAGAAAACGAGCAAAAUGACUCAAAUGAACAAGAUGAGGCCGAGAGAGAAGAUAGACCAUAUAUGGCAAACAUACGAGACAAUAUUGCUGAUAUGUUAUGGGAUAAUCGAAAUAAUAGAUUUUGA